UUAGAUCAUAAAUAAAUGAUGACUAAUAUUAGGUUCAAACAAAUAAUAAAAAGAAAAAACAGAAAAAAAUUACUACUUGAUUAUCAAAUAAUAAGUUCAAUUUAACUACAACAGAUUCUAUAAUUUUUUCCUUAAUUAUUGGUGGUAACAAGAGAGACCAAAAGAUUAAAAAUGAGUCCUAGUUGGCCCUGACGCUGCGCCAGUGGGUCCAAAAUCGAUAUUUCUGUUGAAUCCGCGAAGACAAUACUAUCAGUACGGCGGCCGGUGUUCAGGUCAAGAAUAGAUUUGUUUUUUCCCCCCCCUCCUCCAUCAUUCUUCAAUCUCGCUUCCCCAGAACCUCUCUUUCAUCGGAUGCCUACCAUGUUCGAAUCUGGCUCCAGUUUUUCCACUGGGAAUUUGCUCGGUCAAUAAUAAUUAUCAUUAAUUUAAUUAAAAACCCCAAAAAAAUUAAUCUUGAAUUGAAUCGUUCUUCGAAAUUAUGCUGUCAGAUUCAGACCCCACUUCAGUCAGCUUGAAUUCAUCACCGCUUGAUUGCCCGCUACCACCACCUCCGGUGGAAGUGGAACCACCUGAAACCCAGAAGCCGGCCCUGCCGCUAAGGCCGCCUUCAUCGUCCGAUGAAGAUUUCUUCUCCUCAGCUUCCAUUGCCUCUUCUUCAUCAUCGGAAGACACACAUCAGAACACACCGGCCCCGGCCCAACUACCACCUCAGAUCCCUCUUUCUUGGCCCGAAGGUGGGGCCCUUUCCCGGGAAUGGGUCAACGGGCUAAUGCAUUGCUUCGAGUGGGCCUCCAGGGCGGUGCCGCCUCAGGAAUUUCCCUCCGUGCUCCCGGUUGAUGUAUUUGAUCGUCUCAUCUUAUCGGGCCACAAGAUUUUGCACAAAGAGAGGAACUGUGUGACCAUUUCAAAAGAUGAAUUGAAUUCCGAUUCCCGGGUUGUAGUUGUCGGAGACUUGCAUGGGCAGCUUCACGAUGUUCUGUUCCUGCUAAAGGAUGCUGGAUAUCCAGGAGAUGAUAGAUUCUUUGUGUUCAAUGGCGACUAUGUUGAUAGAGGAGCAUGGGGGCUUGAAACGUUUCUAUUGUUGCUAGCUUGGAAGGUUCUUUUGCCAGAUAGGAUCUUUCUUCUCCGAGGAAACCAUGAAUCUAAGUAUUGCACAUCUGUCUAUGGUUUCGAGAAGGAAGUACUCGUCAAGUAUGGAGAUAAGGGAAAGCAUGUGUACCGCAAAUGUUUAGGAUGUUUUGAGGGGCUUCCUCUUGCUUCAGUCAUUGCCGGUUGUGUUUAUACAGCACAUGGAGGACUCUUUCGUAGCAUUGUUACUACCCCAGUGAAAAGGUCUAAAGGAAAGAAGAACCGGAAAGUGACUCUCAACCCUGACCAAACUUGUUUAACUCUUGGUUCUUUUGAAGAGCUAUCUAAAGCUAGGAGGACUGUGCUUGAUCCUCCUUGGGAAGGUCAGAACUUGAUUCCUGGUGAUGUUCUUUGGUCGGAUCCAUCCAUGAGCCCGGGUCUUUCCCCUAACAAAGAAAGGGGCAUUGGUCUUCUAUGGGGUCCUGACUGCACUGAAGAAUUCAUGAAGAAGUUUGGUCUAAAGUUGAUUAUCAGGUCACAUGAAGGUCCUGAUGCUCGGGAAAAGAGAGCUGGAAUGGGAGGAAUGGAUGAAGGGUAUACUAUUGAUCAUGUUGUAAACUCUGGGCGAUUGAUUACCAUCUUUAGUGCUCCAGACUAUCCACAGUUCCAGGUAGUCUUGAUGGGCUUUUUCUACUUACACGUCUGCAUGUGCCCUAUGUAGUUGUUCCAAAAUUUUUAAGACUUUUCAAAUCUUUAUGUUUCUAUCUGUGUGCUAUCUAUUGGUAUUGAAUGUGGAUUGUAACCUUUGUGCUCCAAAGAUUGGAAUUUUAUAAAAAGAGGAGGGGGUGUUAAAUCUUCAUUGUUCACAUGCUUGAAACUUCAUCAAUGAAGAGGUAGUUGAACCACUAUUAAUUGCACUUACCAUUUAGAUGAAGAAAACUGUUUUCAGCUGCAGUGAGGAAAUGCCCAAAACCAUUAUGAGAAGUUGCAAAUGGAACUGGGAGUUCAAUCUAUGUGCAUCUUGCCUGAGGGUACUUGUUGUGGCCUUGUGGGGUAGGGUUUUGCAGGCUCCUAGGACUGACCUGUUCAAGAUUAUAACAACAGCACAUUCACAAAUUAGAACUUCUUUUCAUGUUUCCUAUGUUGCUAAAGAACAAAAAUGUAUAUGAAUCACUAAGCUAAUUUUGAAUUUCCUUGCAGCCAACUGAUGAUAGGUACCGGAAUAAAGGAGCAUACAUUGUUCUGGAGCCCCCGGAGUUUGAUACCCCAGUUUUUCAUAGUUUUGAUGCAGUUACUCCUAGACCGGCGGUGAGUUUCCUAAAUGAUCAUUUAUGCUCAAGAAAGUUCAUUUGAAAGUUUUCUCUUUAUUCUUGGAAAUCUGCCUUUUAUGGAAUCAAGAAGUGGAAUAAGCUUUAGACAGGAAAUUUAAAUUGGAAGAGUAACUAUUUGGGUUCACUGCUCGUUUAGCCUGGAAACAGACCAAAAUUUCCUUGUUUGCAUGGAUUCCACUCAUACUCAGAUCAGCAGUUGAUGACUUUGGAGUAACGUAAGAGUGAAAUUUUUUGUGGCAGGUAAAUCCCUAUUAUGACUAUGUAGAUGUGAUUGAUUCCGACGAAGAACUGGAUUUGGCAUCAAUGCAGCCUGCUACAUGAAGUGUUUUUGUUUGCCUGCACUUCUUGUACACGUAACCGAUUUGUUGUACAUGUGUUUGUAUCCUUUAUACAGUAACCAUUAUAUCUGUUGGGGUGUUUCUUUUGUAUUCUAUUCAGGGCCCCUUGAAACGAUUCCAAUGUACAACCAUUUCUGGAGGUCGAUAUAUAUAGAUAGGUAGGUUCAGACACCAGCAGGGUAAAUUUUUGAGACCUACUCGGUCAUAAUAUCUCUCAUUCUCCUACGUUUUUCAUUUGUAACAUUUUUUUUUUUUCUGUUUUAGACAUAGGAUUAUAUGCAGAUAUCAUAAGCCGAGUCACAUUAUUUAUUAACUUUCCAUUACGAGAAAAUGAAGGAAAGGUUGGUUGAUGUCAUGUGGUGGUUGCCUGCUGCUAUACAAAUCCAAAUGAUUUAUCCCCUUUGCCCUGCCCCGACUUCUUUUGGGACGGAGGGAGUAUUAUUUUUCACUCUACUGUUUAUAAUAACAUUGAUUAGGACAAAUUUUCGUCAUUGAAUCGAUCAACGUUGAUUUCCUUUUCCCCUUGAAUUCAGGAAAGCAAAACUACAGAAACAAACAUCGGGUACAAUGAUAACAUACAAACUUCAAUGGCCUGGCCUCCAUGUCUCUCCAUUAUUUCUCCUUUAAUUAUAUCUUGUUCAGUGAACCUCGUACCUUUAUUUAGUUUAUAAUUUCUGUCGGUGUUCCAUAGGUAUUCGACGGGCCACAAUGUGAGAAGUUGCAACUUUUAAAAUAAUUAUCAAACUUAUGAGAUUACUGUUUUUCUACAAGAAUUUUUUGAAAAAUAUGAGAAU